AUGAAUAUUUUACAAUAAAAAUCAAGUUAAGAACCCUAAGAGACCAUUUGUAAAGCUCACAACCUGGAAUUGAUUGCAAUUGACUUAGACAUGUCUGAUAAAUCAUAAAUUAAGUUCUUUUGUGGUAAGUGUUUAGUUGAUAAAUUAAAUAAUAAUAAAGUGACAACCAUUGAGUAGUCAAAGGAAAGAAUCUAAUAAAUAAAGACUUAAUAAAAAGAAAUAGAGACUAAAGAGAAUUAAGCAAGACUCAGCUACUAUAAAAAUAUUUUAGAUUAAAUAAUGGAUUUUAAAAGAUUUAUGGAUGAUUCUUUAGAAAAGAUUCAUAAGUAAAUAUAAUAAUAUAUGUUUCCAAUUUAAAAAGAAAAAUUAGAAUUACAAGAAAAAUAAUAUCAAUUAAAUUAUUUUGAAGAUAUCAAAUAAUUGUCAGAAUUAUAUUCUAACAAUUAAUAGAAAUCAAAUAAUUUAAUUGAAGAUAAUCAUUUUGUGGAUGAAUUAACAAAAUAAUUUGAAUUAUUAUUUAAUAAUGCUGAAUAUUUUUAGACAUUAGAUACAUUUAAGAAUACAAAACAAAUUAUUAAAGAUCUAAUGGAAAAUAAUAUUAUUGAAUUACCACCAUUAUUAUAGACAAAAAAUGAAUAUGUAAUUAAUAAUUUAUAUUAUUAAUUUAAUAGAAAACACCAAGCUUAAAUAGAAUUUGUGUGAAUCAUAAAAAAGAAAUUAUUAUGAUUGAUAUGGAUUCUUAGUCUAAGAAAAUUGAAGAUAGAUUUGUUUGUGUUGAUUGUAUUUCUGAAAAUCCAUAAAUUAAAUAUUAAACAAUUGAAAAUAUUAAUAAAUAAUGGAUAGAUUACAAUUCAGAAUCUUACAAUAUAUUAUAACAAUAUAAAAAGGAAAGUAAAAAUAAAAGAUGUGAUUUAUUUACUUAAAUUUCUUAAAUGAGAAAAAAUUAUAAUUAAAAAUUAAAUGAAAUUAGUGAUAAAGUAAUCUCAGAAUAAUUCUAAUCAAUAAAUAAAAUUAAAUACUAGAAUUAAAUAAAGGGAGUUUCAAUAUAGUCUUUAGAAGAUGAAUAAUUAUUAUAAGAUUUAAAAUAAUUAAUUGAAAAAGAAAAAGUUACUUAAAAUUAAACAAUUACAAGCUUUAAAAAUAAAGAAAUAAUUUUUCAAAAAGAAAUGGAAAAUCAUUUAGAGUCAUUAAAAUAUGAUUAAUUAGAUAUUUAAUAAUCAAUAGAUAUAAUCAAAGAAACACCAAGUAUUAAAUUUUUUUAAUCUUAUUAUUAGUUGAAAGAAAUUUAAUUUUAUAAAUUUCAGAACUUAUCACAUAAUUAUCUAAAUGUACAUAGACAAAGGAUUAAAAUUAUCAAAAUUAGAUUGAAUUUAUUAAGGAACUCUAAGAAUUUAUUGAUUAGGCUAAAAAAUACUAAUGUUAAAUAAAUUUAUUUGAUUAGACUAUUACUUUAGUUUAAUAGCAUUCUAAUAAGAUUGAUUAAAUUUAAUAACUAAUUUAAAAUUAAACUAACAAUUAAGUUAAUAAAUAGGAAUCAAUAUAAAUUCUAUAUUAGAAUCUAUCUAAAGUAUUAAAUGAUUAUAAUAUUAAUUUUGAUAACAAAUGUAAAUAAAUGAAGAAAUAUAGUAAUUUUUAACAAUUAGAAUUGGAUUUAGUAAAAUUUAGAGAACUCAACAAAGAUCUAGAAAUUGAAGGUAAUUUUAUAAAUGAAUCAAUAGAAACAAAUUUACUUAAUCAAAUGUCCAAAUAAUUAGAUGAGAAACAUUAAGAAUAUUAAAAACUUUUAAAGGAAUAGCAAGAUUAGAGUAUUAUUAAUUGAAUGUUUUAGAUUAAAGGAAAAUCGAUGAGAUCAAUGCAUCAAAGGUAAAAGAAAACUCAUUAUACAAAGAGUAAUUUGAUCAAAAAACCUAAGAAAUAAUAAAUCUGAAAAAAUAAAAUGAAGAGGAUAGAUUAAAGGCUAUUAAGACUAUAGAAGAUCAAAGUAUUCAUUAUUCUUAUUACAAAUAGAAAACAAAGAAAUUACAGAAAUGAAUAAAAGAAUCAAUUAAAAGGAAUCAGAAUUACAAGCAGUUUAAAAACAACUUGAUUAGAUUAAUCAAGAAAAGUUACAAAAAGAAAAAUAAUAAAAAUUAGAGUUAGAAAAAGUAAACUAUAACUUAAUAAUUAAUCAUAGAUUUAAGAAUAUAAUAAAAGGUUAUCAUUUUCUAAUACUUAUAAGAGUUCAAUUUGUUAAAUAAGUGAAUUUGGAAAAGUUGUUGAAUCUAGUAGUAUUAAUAAUUAUUGUCUUUGUGAAUAAGCAAUUCCAAAGAUUGGGAAAACAAUGUUUGCAUUCUAAAUGCUUAGUGGAACAAGUAUUCGUAUUGGAAUUGGAUUCAGAGAUAUUAUAUAAAAAAAUAAUUAUUAAAAUUGUGGAUUUGGGUUUGGGUAUUAAAUAUUAAUCAUAAUAGAUCAUAUUUAAUACGUUAAGAUGGUUAUACAUUCUCACAUCAUAAUAAAGAUGUAGACAAUAAAUAAUUAUCAUUCACUUUUACAAGUAAUGAUAUAAUAAUAAUGGAAGUUAGUAUUGAACAUAAAUAUAUUAAAUGGACUAAAUAAAAUAAUCCAUUUCUAAUACUUGUAACUAUCAAAUCUAUUAUUAGUAGUAGCAAAUAGAUACAUCAAUAUCAUAAGAAUUAUAUCCAUGUGUUAAUAUUUAUUAAUCUAAACUUAAAAUAUUCGAUAAUAUUCCAAAUUUAUAAUUAAAAUGA